UUGGCAUCCUCACACUCAAACUACCACUUGAACAUUUUGCUCUCAUCAUGGCUGCUGUCGAGUCCACCCUGGCAAUCCCGUACCUCCACGCGGGGCUCAGGGGCAAGUACCUCUUGCAAGAACCAACCUUCACCAUCAACCAAGGAAGCUCUGCUGACAUCGAUUGGAUGCCAAACUAUGAAAAGUACAUGAAAAGAACCCAGGCGCGAAGUGAGCUGACUGGUCUUGCAACUCGAGUGCCCAAGGACUGGCCUCAGUUUCUUGACUCGCCUCUUGCAUGGACGUCAGACAGUUUCCCCAAGCAGGAGGAAAUUGUCUUUUCACUGACAGAAAACCAAAAGGAAGAAAUCUACAGUGCCGUCAGACACUUUCAGAGUCUGGGUCUUCCUGUGCGGGACAUCAACCGGGACAACUUUCCAUUGCCAACACUGACAAGCCCCUUGAACGCAAUGGCUGACGACCUGCACAAUGGAAAAGGAUUCACCAUUAUACGCGGCCUGAAUUCUCCCACUCCUGACCACGACAGCAUUGCCUUCCUGGGGCUGUCAGCGUACAUGGCACCGCAAUUCGGGAGACAGGAUCAAGAUGGAAGCAUGAUAGUACACAUCAUGGACGCCAACAACUCCAAGGUUCCCAAGGAGAUGCGACAAUCCGUCUACACCAAUGUUGCCCAGCCCUUCCACUCUGACGUCUUCUGCGAGAUUCUGGCUCUUCAGGUCAGAAGCUGCGCAGAUAAUGGAGGGAACAGCAUCAUUGCGUCGGCAUGGACAGUGUACAAUGAGCUCGCGGCUACGAGGCCCGACUUGAUUCACACCCUUGCAGCAGGUGAUUGGACAUUUGAUACAUUCGGCCGCGACCCAGCCUAUCACCAGCGACCUCUGCUGUUCUGUGAAGACGGCAAGGUCAUCAUGAACUUCUCGCGUAGGAUCCUAACCGGAGCCCCUGCCUCACCUCGAUCCCCCAUGAUCCCUCCGAUCACGGAAGCGCAAGCAGAGGCCCUGGAUGCAGUCCAUUUCACGGCGCUCAAGCACCAGCUCUCCAUCCCGUUACAGGAGGGAGACAUUCGAUUCAUCAACAACCACGCUGUCCUUCACGGUCGCGAUGCCUUUGAUGACAGCGACCAGUCGCAGCGCCACCUCGUUCGGCUGUGGCUUCGGAAUCCCGACAAGGCUUGGCGCAUGCCCACGGGUCUAAACAUGGCCUGGGACCGUGUGUAUCGCGACCUUGGACUUGAAGGCGAUGACGAGAGCUGGCCACUCAUGCCUGUGAUUAGUGAGAAACGCCUCAUGAAUCGCCAGGCCUCUUGUGGACAGGGUUGAUAUUAUGCCAGCCGAAUUUCCUACCAAGUACUAUGUGUUUUUAGUUGCCAUGAAGUUCAACGUUCUCUAAUCCCCCCAGUGAUGGAAGUUUGUUCGGGGAGUAA